ACUGUAAGCUUCCUCCUUGAGUUGAAUUACAAACUCUCCUUCCUUACUUUUGAGCUCCCAUUUUCAGGGCUCAAUGGUUCGGUCAGAGACUCCGAAGAGCGUUGCAGCAACAAGAGGGAUGUUAGCCCACUUUUUUGCAUCCUCUAAAACACGCUCGUUUUCCUCUUCAUUUUCAACCCUUUCCACUCCUUCCUCCUCUUCCCACAAGCUCUCCAAAUCCGUGACGGAGGAAACUAUAGAAAAUGCUGAAUUGAUCAUCACCAAAUGGGACCCGAACUCUUCAUCUAUCACCAGAGUCACCUCCCUCUUCCACGGUAACAGAGAUGAAGCCGAAGAUUUUCUCUCAAGUGUCAGGGACUUGCGUCGAGCAAUGCACACAUUAGUCUCUGAGCAUUCGACCUCUGUUAUGCUUGUGCUUUCUCAGAAACUCAUGGAAAUGGCCAUGGCAAGACUCCAAAAAGAAUUCUAUCAGAUAUUGGCUGCAACACGCGAUCAACUGGAUCCAGAGUCUAUUUCAGUUCGAUCCCCGGAUGGCUCGAUCGAAGAUGAGAAUGAGCUUGGAUCGGAAGAAGAGUUCAAAACAGCCGGUGAGUCCAUCACUAAUGUGGUGAGAGUCGUAGCAGUUGCCAUGUCGGAUCUCAAAUCUAUAGCUGAUUGUAUGAUAAGUUCUGGCUACAGCAUUGAGUGUGUCAACAUAUACAAACUUGUCAGAAAAUCAGUAGUAGAUGAAGGAUUGUAUCUGCUAGGAAUCGAAAAAUUCAGGUCUUCUCAAAUUCACAAAAUGAAUUGGGAAGCACUCGAGCAUAUGAUAAAGAACUGGAUGAAUGCAGUGAUUGCUGUAAAAACACUCCUUAGUGGAGAAAAAGCUCUCUGUGAUCAUGUGUUUUCGGCAUCUCAAACAAUCAAGGAAUCAUGCUUUUCUGAGAUAACCAAAGGAGCAAUAAAUCUAUUUAGAUUUCCAGUGCAUGUAGCUAAGUGCAAGAAAUUGCCAGAGAGGAUUUUCCCACUAAUGGAACUCUACGAAGCACUCUCUGAUCUCCAGCCAGAGGUAGAGUUGAUUUUCAACUCUGAAUCAACCUCAGAUAUUAAACUGCAAGUUGUUUCAUCACUACAUGGACUUGGCGAGUCAAUCCGUGCCCUUCUUUCUGACUUUGUAUCAACAAUUCAAAACGACUCGUCAAAAACUCUAAUCGUGGGUGGUGGGAUUCACCCACUGACCCAAAAGGUUACGAGUUACAUAUCUUCACUUGCAGAUUACAGCAGGAUUCUCUCUGACAUUGUUUCCGAUUCUCCACCACCAAGGAAUACAGCUUUGCCUGAAGCUUACUUCGAGAGUCCAACCUCUGAUUCCGGUUUAACACCAGCAGUUUCAGUGCACCUAGCUUGGCUCAUAUUCGUCCUUUUAUGCAAGCUUGAUAGGAAAGCAGAAGUGUACAAAGAUAUGUCCUUGUCAUACCUAUUCCUAGCUAACAAUGUUCAGAAUGUCCUCGACAAGGUAUGUACGACUCACCUUAACGUGCUUCUCGGUGAAGAUUGGGUGUUCAAGCAUGCCAAGAAGGUUAUACAAUAUGCUUCCACCUAUGAAACAAUGGCAUGGGGUAAGGUAUUCUCAUCUCUACCAGACAUAAAUUCUCCACCACUAUCACCUGAAGAAGCAAAGGAAUGCUUUCAGAGGUUUAACGCAGCUUUUGAAGAAGCGUACAAGAAACAGGUAUCAUGGGUUGUGCCAGAUAGGAAGUUGAGGGAUGAAUUGAAGGUGUCAAUUGCGAAGGAACUUAUACCAGCAUACAGAGAGUUUUAUGACACGCACAGGAUGAUGUUGCGGGAGAAUAAUUUUGAGAUGUUUGUAAGGUUCACGCCUGACGAUCUUGGGAAUUACAUCGCACAUUUGUUUCAUGGAACUGCCCUUUCAGGCAGCUCCCCACCUCCUACUCCGCGAUAAUGUAAAUCCAAGUGAAAUCAUAUAAUAAAUACAUUUCAAAAACACCAUUAUAGAAUCUAUUAACUUCCUUUCCAAUCA